AUGUUAAGUAAGUGAAUUAUCAGCUAUAUAUUAGCCCGAAAAUAUUAAACAAUAUAUCAACCACAUGAUUAGAUCUACAGUACAUUUAAUAUGUACUCUGUACUCUGUAGUGAAUAUAAUUUCAAAUAUGAUAAACACUACCACCACACACACACACAGAAAUUUCUACUCAGAUCAUGCAUACAAACACUCACUAGAGUUUAUCGUACAAGAGGGAUCUCAGCAAGCCGCAAGAGCCUUGUGCCAUCCAGCCAGAAUCAUAAUGAUUAUACAUGCAAACAGACUUUUAAGGUUACAGAACACCUUUGAGUGUUGAUUUUGCCUAAAUUUUUUUAUUGGUUUCAAUGAAAACAUUAGACUAGUUCUACUAUCUGACCAAGUUUGAACGAAAAAUGUUGAAAACUCGCAGAGUUAUUUAAUAAAAUACAUUUCGCUGCAAUAAGAAAAACAUUGAAAAUGUAAUAUUCAAAUUCAAUUUUCUCCCGAAAAAGUUUACGGUAAUUACUGAUUUUCAAACGAGUUGUGCUCCUGCGGGUUUUAACCAAUUUUUCUCAAAUUUUCACAGGAAAUACGUCAGCUUCAAAAUUGUGUUCGGCUUUUUUUAAAUUUUGGAUAUUUUAAAAAUAAAGAGCAAUUCACUCAAACAAUUCAGAAAUAUAUUGCAGUCAUCAAAGAAAUCGCCAUAUCAGCGGAAUGACGAAAUAAACAAAAAUUUCCGAACACAGUUUUUUAGAACAACUAUUUUACUGUAUAAAAAUGAUAUUUUCAUAAAUAUAACUUAAAACCAGCAGGAGCACAACUCAAAAGUGUAACGGUACCGCGAUUUAAUAUUUUCCUGAAUAAUUCUUAAAUUAUUUUAUUGCUUGUUAAUUUUACAACUUUACCAUAUUUUGCAUGCACUGGAGAACUUUUGGUGAAAAUUUGAUGAAAAUCGGACUGAUAUUGAGCGCGUAGUAGCGAUUUUCCGCAAAACGUGACCUGUAACCUUAAUAUGGUCCAUUUGUACAGUAUCAACUUCCAGUUGUCACCCUCAGUUACACUACUUAGUUUAUACUGUAUUUUACUACUUACAGUAUGAGAGUGUACAUUAAUUUCAUUUUGCCUAUUAAGCACAGUAGCAGUGUAUCUACAGUGUUACAGAUACUGCAUACAGCAAGUAACGGUUGGAUUAAUAAAUUUGUUAUGUUUACAGUGGUGUUUGGUGAGAUAGCCAACUUUACAGCUUAUGCAUUUGCUCCCGCAGUAUUAGUAACACCGCUGGGUGCUCUGAGUGUUCUAGUCAGGUAAGAAUACAACUUAUAACAAAAUGUAAAUGUACAGUUAUCUAAAUCUAUAAUCGUAUUAUAGAGCUUCGAGUAGCGGUCAAAAUUGUCCGGAAAAAUGUCCACUACCGAAAUGAAAAUUAGUCGCACAUUUUGGAAUUUGGUCAGACAUCAAGCACUAGCAGUAAAUAAUACUUCAAGCUACAUUUACAUACUGUGAAUUAUUGGGACUGGGAUAAUUUCAGAAAGUAUUAUCAACUGACAAUAUUUGUCAUUCAGGAAAAACAGAAAUUGGCCCAACAUAUUGCAAUGUGUAAACGUACCUUUUAUAGUAUACAUCUUGUUUCCUGAGCCCGCAUUUUUGCGCCAAUUUGCUUAUCUUUCAAUUUUGUUUUCAGUGCUAUAUUAGCUUCAUAUUUUCUUCGCGAAGACUUAAAUAUCCAUGGAAAAAUUGGUUGUUUUCUAUCUCUUGUUGGGUCAGUGGUCCUCGUAAUUCAUGCGCCCCAAGAGGAGUCAAUUGCCACAGUUGAGGAACUGAGUGCUAAAUUAACAGAUGCAG